AUGAUUCUCACUUUCCAGACAAGCUUCCCUUCUGUCGAUGAGGAAGACAGAUAUACGGAUAUUGAUGUUCCUAAGACCCGUACCGUUGAUGAUCUGUUUAAAGUGGUAUGUGCCGAAACUGGAGUGUCCUUGACUUCUCCCAUGGAACUUAAGAUUAAUGAUGUUUUGUAUAAUCGUAACGAUAAGCGAACCAUUGAAGAGGCUGGUAUUAACGAGUACGAUAUGGUUGAGGUUAAAAUCUUAAAGAACGGCGGCAAGCAGAUUCCUGGAAACGUCACUGUAAUGGAUCUUUACAAGGCCCUUGGAACCCGUCUUGCGAAUACGAAUCUGGGCACUCUGGAGCCUUCUUCCAAGCCCGUCGAGGAACCCAAGGCUCCCGAACCAGUUUCUGCUCCUGCUCCUGCUCCUGCUCCUGCUCCUGCUCCUGUUUCGACUCCCGCUGUUGCUCCUGCCCCUGUAUCUGCUCCCGUUGCUCCCGUUGCUCCCGUUGCUCCCGUUGCUCCCACGGCCCCCGCGGCUCCCAUUGCUCCGAUCUCCGUCCCCAAGCCGAAUGCAUUCUCCAUUAAGGCUCCGGCUGCCAAGGUCAACGCCUUCGCUGUGAAGGCGGGAGCUAAUAAGUUUACGAUUAAGAAACCUUAAGUGA